CGACGCAUCAUCCACCACGAAAUCAAGAAACCCAAUUUGAUUCCAUUCAUAUUCAUAAGAAUGCUGGAGAAAUCAAAGCCUCUUAUCAAUUCCACCAUUUCUUCAUCCAAUCUCACACCUCCACUGAAUCUUUCAAAAUGCACUACGAAUAAUGGGAAUUCACUUCAAGUCGCCGGUGACUUGGCCGUAGAUGAGCAAUUCAAGUUUUGGCCACCAUCUCAGGCCCUGGUUGAUAGUUUAGUGCUUGAAUUGAAGGCCAAAGAUGGAGACACGGAAGCGAAUUGGGAGAAGAUAAUACUCAAUUUUAAGAAAGAGCUUGAGGAGGAGGAACAAUUGAGACCUCCAUCGUCUUCGGGUGUAGACAAUAAUGGCGGUGGCGCUGAGGGAAUUGAGAGGAGGGAGAAGGCUAGGGCAAAGUUUUCUGUUCCGCUUUCACGUCGGGAGAUGGAGAAGGAUUUCGAGGACAUGGGGGAGCGGCGGCUUCCACGCAAGCCGAAGAAGCGACCUAAGAUCGUACAAAAUCAACUGGAUACACUAUUUCCCGGUUUGUGGUUGACUGAGAUACAUGCUGAUCUUUACAGAGUUCAUGAGACCAAGAAGAGAUAGCAACGGCAAAAGUUUUCUGGAACUUUGAAGGAUUUUGUCUAUAGUUGACAUGUGCUGAAAUAAAGUUGUGUACUUCAGUAUGACUGGAAAACAUCAAAUUUUAUAGGAGGAAAUAUGGCAGACUGAGGGAGUCCCUCCAGCGAAACUCACAACUGUGAUAGCUUCGCCAUGGGAUUGAAUCCGUGGAGCACGAGAGGACAAAAUGGUCGGUCACACAGCUGCUCAUCUUCUAAGAACAAUGUGAAUCAACAAUACAAAGAUGCGGGUGGUUGUCGUGGAUUUUGUCUCAUUUUUGCCUCUGGUAAAUCUCUCAUAAUUGUUAGACAAAUGACAUGUAGCUUAAAUUGGGUUUAUAUUGCAAGUAAAAAUGUAUGUCCUAUGGUUUCCCAUC